AUGUACGGCGCUGGUUUCCCACACAACGUCGUUGACUCCCUCAAUGCAGGUUUGAGCGCAUCCAUUGCAACACGUGAAGAAAAACUACAUACGUUGGUUAAGGUUUCUCUAAUCCAACCUUCUUCGUAUGAGGAAUCGGUCGAACAGUUGCUUACAACAAAUGUGGAAAAAGCAGGGGAUGAGCUUCUUGUUAUAGUUGGACCACUGGGGAACCAAAACGUACUUUGGGUUCGAGACAAAUUGGAGGAACAUGAUUUAGUUGCCUUUGCACCUCUCUCUUAUUCUGAUGAAGUUCGUGGGUGGAAUCCUCAUUUCUAUUAUCCAAGUGUUGAACCCAAAGCUGAGUUACUUGCUCUGAUUCGUUAUGCUGUCGUAUUUCUUCGACUUCGACGCGUGGGUUUUAUGUAUCUGAAAGGCACAAACUUUGGUGAUUCUUCAUAUACCUUUACAGAGCAGGUGAUGUCUAUGAUGGGAUAUAAGUUGUGUGGUACAUUUGCCAUUGAUGGUAAUGUUAAUGAGCGUAUUGGAGAUGACGUAUUCGACAAGGAGUGGGAGAAAUUUGUGAAGACACGACCACAAGCCGUGUUGCUAUUUGGUUCUCCACAUGACAUCACCAAAAAAUUUAUUCACUAUUUAUUGAGAGAGGAUCAUCACACGGCAGAUGCCUUUGUACUCACUACGUCUAGUUCGCAAACAUUUCUGCUGAAUACCUGGAAGGAAGCUUUGGAAGAAACUAAUACGGAAUUAAAACCUGGUCAACUUAUUAUUACUGGUACUGGUCCACUUGCGGGUGACACACGAUACAAAAUCAUUCAACGCUUCCGUGAAGAAAUGACAAAAUAUUUGAAUACUAAUGAGAACUGGGGUGGUUUUGCGAAGCCAGAACACUUUGACACAAACCAUAACAGUGGAGAAUUGAUGGUUCUCGGGUGGCUUGCUGGAGAGAUGCUUAUGCGAGCAUUAGUUGACACCAUAUCAUUAACAAAUCGCACCUUGUUUAGAUUAUCACUUUAUAAUCAGCGCCGUUACUUGAUUGAUGAUAUGGUGAUUGGUGACUUUGGAGGUGAGUGUGGCAGUGCUGCUCAACUUCAAGGUGCCGUGUGUCGUUGCAAUCAAGGAGGAAGUGUAGUGUAUAUGAAGGAAGUGGUGGGAAAAUACCAUUUGGAAGCAGUUGAAGAGGGACUCCUGACGUGGGGAACAACUCGUUGCUUUAGUACUGGAAUUCGUGUUUAUGCGCCACUGAGUGGUCUAGUGAUAUUGAUAUCUGAUAACCACGUUGUCCAGCGCGCAAAUUCGUUGUAUUUUAGUGGUGCAGUUACACUGACUGGAAAUGAUCACAUCGGAGACAACGAUAGGCUGUUCUUUCAUUCCCUUAAUUCUUCAUAUUCAGGAGCUGCGAAGGACCUUAAUGAUACAUUGGAUGAAAGGAUUGUUUCUGCUGUAUUCGGUGUUGUAACCAAUGAGGUGCUCACCACACCGGGUGUUAUCUUCUUUGACCCUAUGGUGGUUUUUCCUCAGGUGAGCACAUUCAAAAGGAAUGUCAUACACUUCUUCCCUACGCUCACCCAAGAACUGUAUGUGCUUGCGCAGUAUUUCUCACGUUUAACAAAUCAUAUUGCUCACACUAUAAUUCGGAGUGAUGAAGCAGCUGAAGUUGCUGAGGUACUGUCCAUGUCAUUAAUGACUUUUGGUGCAUCACUCGGGUCCAGAGUUCUUUUGAAUGAACAUGUUUCUGAUAUCCAUAUGGAGCACUUGAAACAUGGUGGUGACGUGUUCAUACUCGGACUUACAACUCCCGAUGUGAAAACGAUAUCGAAAUACCUUGACACCCAUCCUCAAGCUCGUGUGUUCAUAACAUUCACGGACUUGUUAUUAUAUUACGAGGAACUGAAGUUAGAGUUCAGUGUGACUGCAAACGCCAAGGCACAGCGCCUGCUUUUCGCCACUAGUUUGCCGCAUUGGGCUGAUAAUAGUUCCACAUCAGAAACCAUUAUUGCUUACCAUGAAGCCGUUCCCGAUCCGUCACAAUGGUCACCAAUGUCACUCCGUGGCUUUGCCAUUGCUCGAGUGAUGCAAACACUUCUGUUACCCAUGAAGAAGGUUAGCUCUUCCCUAUUGUCUGAUGAAAUAUUUUGGCAAACUUCCUUUGUUAUUGAUGAUAUGAGGUAUGGGCCCUUUAGUGAUUCUGAUUGUAUUGCCAACGGUGUACAAUUGUCUGGUAAUUGUGUUUGGAAUUAUGGUGCGACAGACAUAUCUGUAUGGUCCUUCGGCCGCGUAUUGGACCCCACCUUUCCUGUAAUGCAGGAGCCGGUGACACCUUCUAUUGUGUACAAAAAAAUUCGUGUUCAGUUGUCAUCCUCUCAGGUAGCUGGCAUCAUUAUUGGUUUAGUUUUCGCGUUAUUACUUUUUGUUACCCUUGGAGUAGCACUAUACUGUACCAUCAGUAACAAGCGUGAUAACGAACUAGCACCGAGGCAGUCGACUGAUCCUGUGACACUUAUUUUUACUGAUAUUGAAAGCAGCACAGCACAGUGGGCAACUUACCCUGAUAUUAUGACUGAAGCUGUGGCAGCACAUCACCGUAUGAUUCGCCAACUUGUACUUAAGCACGACUGCUAUGAAGUGAAAACUAUUGGUGAUUCUUUCAUGAUUGCAUGUCAGGACCCAUUUAAGGCUGUACAACUUGCAGCAGACCUCCAACUUAUGUUUUUACAUAAUGAUUGGGGUACGGAUGCAUUGGAUAAUUUCUACCGUGAGUUUGAGGAAGCGAAUGCAAAGGAGGAUAAUGAAUACACUUCUCCUACUGCAUGUCUGGACUCUGAAGUGUAUUGUCGGUUAUGGAGUGGUUUGCGUGUACGCAUUGGUAUUCACACUGGGCUUUGUGAUAUUCGACAUGAUGAAGUUACAAAAGGUUACGAUUACUACGGUCCCACCACCAAUAUGGCAGCUCGCACGGAGAGUGUUGCCAAUGGUGGGCAAGUAUUACUAACACAUGCAACUUAUAUGUCUUUAAGUGAAUCACAGCGGCAUCAAGUUGAUGUAACCGCACUUGGGCCCGUUCAGUUGCGUGGUGUUCCCCAACCGGUACAAUUAUACCAACUUAAUGCAGUACCGGGUCGUACCUUUGUAGCCCUACGCUUGGAUCAUGAUUAUUACUUUGAAGAUGGGAAUGAAACCACCAACUCCACAAGUGAGAAUAGCUCAUCACGCGUGGAAUUAAGUGAAUCAGCUCAGAUGAUUAUGAGUUCACUUCAAAUGUUACUCGCAACAUUCAAAGGUCAGCAACGUGAGAAACUAUUGAUGCCGUACUGUGAACGUUGGCGUGUACCGCUUCCUCGCACUAAUACGGAAGAAUGGAAUGAUGAAUAUUGUCGGGAAGUAAUUCACCGAAUAGCAGCGAAGGUUGGGCGUGUGGCGGAUCAUUACGCAGGUACUCACAGCAAUCACUCCAUCAGCACACUAAGUAGCACGUCAGUGGUAAUUAUAUCCGAUAACAAAAUUUUACUUGAUGAGUGA